CUCGCUACAUCAAAUGGUGACAUCUCAAAGAAAAAAAGAUGAUGAUACACCUAAUGUUGAUGGUAUAGGUGAUGAUUAAGUUGAUGAUCCACCUAAUGUUGGACAACAAAAUAUUGUUGCACCGAAAGUGGAUCAUAUAAUUGACAAUUUGAUGGAUGAUAAAAAAAAAAUAGAUUUUGUAGGUGGUGAUGUAUUUGAUCAUUUGGUGGAUGACGUUGGAGAGAAAGUUGAUUUUGUAGGUGAUUGUGUAGUUGGUUAUGUCGAUGUUGAGUCUGCAGACAAAACUUUUAAAGAUGGUGCUUGAAAGAAUUUUCUAAAUUUUAAUUUUUUGAAGUUCACACAAAGCUCAGGUGAAAAUAAGGUUAUAGGGGAGGGUAGAAAUAGUCAGGUUGAUAGUGAUUGAUCUAAUUUUACUAAUUCUGAAGUGUUUAAAUUUACUCAAUCGUUUUGUGAUAAAAAAACACAAAAUAAAGGUGAUGUGGUAGUGCUUAGCCAGAAUGAGUUUGAUUGGUCAGAAAUAUAAGACACUAAAAUCUCCAAGUUCACUCAACCUGAUAAGAGUGUUGCAAUGAUUGAUGCAACUGGUAUAGUAUGUGAUGACGUUACAAAGGUUGAUGCAAAUGCAAGUGACAAUGUUAAAGAAAUUGAGAAAAAUAUGGUGGUUGCUUCUGUUGUUAUGUUGUAUGAAACACCUGUUAUUCCUCUCCAAUUACGUAAGCCAUCAACAGUAUGUGAAUCGUCAUUUUUGUCAAAAUUUAAUUCUGGUGGUGGCAAAGUUGAAGGUCAAUUAUCUAAGUGUAUAGAGAAUGCUCAGCCAAGUAAACGCCUCUUCUCUAUAAAGCAUUCUUUUGUGAAGAAUAUUGCAGAGCGAAUUGAUGGUAUGAAAAUGACAUUACGAUUUACAUGUUUGUUGCCAGAUCAUUGCGCGUUAAGCAAAUAAGUCAAAAUACGGGCCUGUUGGUGGUUCAAUUAAAUUUACAACCAUCGAUUGUCGAUUUAACUGCUUGAUUCAGACUUUCUAUAAGAGAUUUAUGGAGAACAGUAGAGAUGUAACACUUAUCAGUCAAGAGCAUCAAAUUGUUAAGUACAUUCUUGAAUUUUUUAUGAGAUGCAAUGUUCCAUGAAAUAGCAUUGACAACGUUCUUUUUUCAACUAAUCUUGUUUAAGAGUU